AUGCCGGACAGCAUGCUCUACACGGCCACGGCUUACGGUGCUCUUCUCAGCUUUGGCAUCGUUGCCUGGUUGGUCACGCAGAGGAGGAGGAGCCAGCCUCAAGUCAGGGCUCAAAUUAGGCCAGUCAAGACCACGCAGCCAGAGACCCGCAAGGAGGAUCGCAAGAAGAAGCAACGUCAGGAAGCUUUUGCAUCAGAGGCCCAGGAGUCCUCCAAGAAGCCUAAAGCCGAGCCAGACAACAAUGCUUGGUUGAGCAAUGCCAAGGAUAAAGACGAUAACGUCGACAAUCGCGAAUUCGCCAAACAACUUGCCAAAGCCAAGGAGGGAACCAAGUUUGCGGCCAAGUCUGAUGGCGGCAAACAGCGAGAGAAGUCUGUAAAGCAAUCUCGAGCCAACAAGGUGGCUGUUGCUGCUGAGGAGAAGGAAUCGGCCCCAUCAUCUAAUGCUGGUGCCGACGCAGACGACGAUCAAUCUCCCGUCACCUCCCCUGAGGUUACACCUGCAGUAGCUGUUGCCGGCGAUAUCUCCGAUAUGCUUGAGCCUGUACCUGCCCGCCAAACUGUCCUUCGUGUGACCAGUGCCGAGCCCAAGAAGGAAAACAAGAAGGCUUCUAAAGUUGAGGCUCCUGUCGAGUCCAAGAAGCAGCGCCAGAACCGCAAGAAGGCUGAGGCCGCCAAGGCUGCCCGUGAAGAGUCUGAAAAGGAGCGCAAGGUUCUCGAGGAGAAGCAACGCCGCUCCGCUCGCGUUGCCGAGGGCCGUGCAGCCAAGGAUGGUUCUCAGUUCACAGCUGCUCAGAACAAGUCGUCUGCUUGGAAGGAAGGAGCCCCCAAGGCCCCCGAGCCUGCUACCGCUUCUCAGACCAACGGCUUCCACCAGCCUCUCGACACUUUUGAGAAGGCGUCCUCUUCUACCGCCACUGCUCCCAAGACCACGGGCAGCAAGUGGAUUGAGUCUCUUCCUUCGGAGGAGGAGCAGAUUCAGCUGCUCCAGGACGACGAUGAAUGGAACACCGUCAAGACCAAGUCCAAGAAGGCUGCUAAGAGUGCGCCUUCAGCUGGAUCUAGCGACGAGGCUGCGGCCCGCCCCGCUGUCCAGCCCAAGCAGCCUACUGGCCCUAACAAGGUUUCUCAGCCUUCUCAGUCAUAUGGAUCCUUCACGGCGCUGACCACUAAGGACAACGCUGCCGACGAGGAGGAGGAGGAAGAAGAAGAAGAAGAGUGGGAUGUCUAA